UAAGACUUCAAUAAACUAAACAAGACAAAAGGGAGAGUGAACAGGCGAAGGAUAAAAACGACGUUGAACUCAUUGAUGAUAGCUUUAAAAACAAAACCAAUAUCUUUGUUCGAUUCAAGUCGGGGAUGAGAACGAAGACAAAGCUACUGGACCAACUAUAAAAGGAAAUGGACUCAAGAAUGACGAAAGGGAGAAACAGUAUCUUGUCCGAUGAGCUGGACCGAAUUUUAUGAACAAAUUGUGAUUAUAGAAAGAAUUAAAGAAGAAAUUGAAGAUGAUGAGAUUGGACAAGAUGCAGGGAUAAAUGAUUCCGAUUAUUCGCCAGUUGAUAUUCAAGCAACAGAUGGGAAAGUGCUUGUAAAACAAGAACCUCUAGAUGUAAAUGAGACUGAUGAUAUAGAUUGUAGUUUACCAAGAGAUGGUAAACCAGAUGACGGCAUUAUAAAAGACGCGGAUGAUAAAUAUGGUGAUCACUUACUAAUAGAUGAAGAAAGCAAAGGGAUGACAAUUCCAGAUGAUGUUAAAUAUAGUCAGACAUCUAUACAAAAUAAUAUGGAAUCAAUAUAUAAAACUAAAUUGUGAUGUGUUACUUUUGACAGACAAAAUAAAGAAGCUUGACUCUGAAUUUCAAUCUAUUAAAACAUUGCUGAAAAAUGUCAGGAAUCAUUUAAACCACUUGUUACGGAGGACCAUAACUUAGGCCCAAUUCAUAAAAAAUUCUCUAAUGUGAAAAAACUGGAAUAUAAACGUAACAUUGUUAUAGGAUCAUCCAUACUUAAAGGUAUCAAACCAAAUGGAUUGGAUAAAACCAAAUCCACAGAAGUGAGAACUCUGUCAGGGGCGACUAUACAAAAUGUCAUCACUUAUGUUGAUAAUUGUACCUCACCAAAUAAUGUCCGCAAUAUAAUAUUUCUAAUUGGAUCUAAUGACUCAAAAUAUGGCCCAUAUGCAGACUAUACUCGUAAUUAUUAUAGAACUUUAAUAGAAUUGUGUUUCUCUAAAUUCCCUUAUGCAUCUGUUAAAUUCAUUAGAUUAUUGCCACGGUUUUCUCGCUCUUCAAAUAUCAUUAUAAAUCGUAUUAAUGACAUACUAUAUGAUGUCUGUGAGGAUUGUGGAAUUGACAUACCUAUUGAUCAUGGAAACUUAUUUUAUAAUUAUCACCUAAGUAAAAUCAGAGAGAAUUUAUAGCAUGAUUCUGUACAUCUUAAUUCUUAUGGUUCUACCUGUUUAAGCAAACUUAUUAGGAAUCAUGUUAUCUCCCCAAGCAUGCCAAAUUAGGAUAUCAUUAUUUUCCAGAAACUUACAUUUCCUGUCAUGCUUUGGUCUACCAACAUGCCCCCCCCCCCCCCUCAUCACAAGAGAGCUCAUUUGCACUUGCUUUUCCAUCCACACCAUUAUAUUAUAUUGGUGUAACUGUUUAACAUUAACAUUGUUAUUAUUUGUUAUCAUUAAUUCUUACUUUGUGUUAUUUAGAAAGAUAUCUAUUUCAUUCCUUUCAUCAUUUAUUACAAUUAUAUAACAGAUGCACCAAGUUUUAACUAAAAAAGGUUUACAUGUAGGUCAUCUAAAUGUUCAAUAUUUCUUUAAUAAAAUUCCAGAACUUAGUCUAUCCAUUCAAAACUUUGAUAUAUUUGCUAUUUCCGAAUCACACUUAACUACUUCUAUAGAUGAUGAUCAAUUACAUAUUGCUGGAUUUCAUAAUCCGUUAAGAAAAGAUAAGUCUAAUUUAAGUUCUUCUGGAACAUUGCUCUACAUAAAAGAUAACUUCAUUUAUAAACACCGCUCAGAUCUGGAACAUCCAAAUAUUGAAUCGAUCUGGAUAGAACUAAAUUUAAAGAAGUCAAAGCCAAUUCUCAUAUGCUGUAUAUACCGAAAUCCAGCCUCAACUAAACUAUGGAUUGAUUCUUUUUCGGAAAUGAUGGAAUCUGCAUGGAAUAAUAAAAAUGAAAUUCUUAUAAUUGGAGAUUUAAACAUAGAUCUUUACAAAAAUCAAAAUAAACAUUGGACCGAUUUGUUACAAACUUUUGGCCUCCGUCAACUUAUUAAAGCACCUACACGAGUUACUGAUAAAACGAAAACAUUAAUAGACCAUCUCAUUGUUUCAGACCCUGAUCAUGUCAAAGAAAUCAAAAUUCCUUGUUAUGCUGCCUCUGAUCAUUACCCAGUAUGUUUUACCUGGCAGAAAAAGGAUGCUUCUUUUCCUAAAAAUAAACAUGUAACAAUUACAUAUAGGUCAUUUAAACACUUUAAUAAAGAUCAAUUUUUGUAUGAUUUGCAUGCAGCUCCCUUUGACUAUAUUUAUAAUUAUUCUGAUCUAAAUUUAGCUUUAUCAAUUAUUACUCCAAUAAUAAAUAAACAUGCUCCCUUAAAAACUACGAGAGUAAGAAACGUUGAUAAACCAGUUUGGUUAACUCAUGAAAUAUUUCAACUUAUUCAUAAACGAGAUUAUUUAAAGAAAAAAGGGGAUGUUACUAAUUAUAAAAAAUUAAGAAAUGAAGUUAAAACAGCUAUCAGAGCAAGUAAACGAAAAUAUUUAGAAUCCUUGAUAUCUGACCGGGAAAACAGUAAACAGAUUUGGGAUGCCAUAAAACUAGCAAAUAAUACUUUUCAUAAAACUUCAUCACAACCUACUCAAAUGGAUCCUGACACUCUCAAUCAUUAUUUUAUCAAUGUUGCAAACAACUUAAUGAACAAUGUCCCAAUUUCGUUAAGCAAAAAUGAUUCCAAUUGUAUUUCUAAUUUUGUAAACAAUCAAACUUCAUCUUGUACUCCUAAAUGUAAAAUACCUUUUAUGUCUACUUGUGAUGUAUACAAAUAUCAUUCAAAUUUAGAUGCAUCAAAAUCUGUAGGAAUUGAUAGUGUUAGCUCGUUUUUUUCUCAAAACCGGAUGCCCCAUUUUAAAUACCUCUCUAACAUAUAUAUUUAACCUCUGCAUUGAAAAGAACAUAUUUCCUGACAUUUUAAAACAGGCAAAGGUACUGCCAUUCUUCAAAUCAGGUGAUAAAUGCCUAAUCGGUAAUUAUAUGCCAAUAUCUAUUUUGCAAACUCUCUCUAAACCCCUUGAAAAACAUAUAAAUUUGAAUAUUACUAAUUAUUUAAAUAAAAAUAAUCUUUUAUAUUUAAAUCAAUCUGGCUUCCGUUCAAAUAGCUCCUGUCAUACAGCCCUUGUUAAUAUCACUGAAAAUGUUUAUGACGCUCUAAAUAAUAAUAUGCUAACAGGAUUAUUAUUUUUUGAUUUCAGAAAAGUUUUUGACAUGGUAAAUCAUUAUCUUCUUCUACAAAAACUUCAGCUAUAUAAUUUUUCGGAAAACUUACUCUCAUUAUUGAAAUCAUACCUUAAUAAUGGAAAUCAGUGUAUAUCAAUUGGACAAAAUAAAUCUUCAUUUCAAAAUAUAAUUUCCGGUGUACCCCAAGGAUCAAUCCUUGGGCCUUUACUUUUUAAGCUCUUUAUCAAUGAUUUACCGUUUUCUCUUUCUGUAAAUUCCGAUCUGUUUGCAGAUGACACCAACGUUUAUACCUCUACUCCAGAUAUAACAUCUCUUAAUAAUAAACUCCAAUUGGAAACCAAUAAAAUAAUACAAUGCUGCCAAAAUAAUGCUAUGAUUAUCAAUGAAUCAAAAACUAAAUCAAUGUUAAUAGCUACAAACUAUCAACUUAAAAAUCCAUUAAAUAAACUUGACAUUCAAAUCAAUAAUAAUCAAAUUGAAAAUGUUUCUGAAUUUAAACUUUUAGGUGUAAUCAUUGAUAGAAAUUUUUCUUGGAAUAAACAUACUGAAUACAUUUGUAAAACACUAAAUAAAAAAUUGUAUCAACUGAAAAAGAUAAAAUCACGUCUUCCGUCAAACUUGUUAAAAUUAUUCUAUUUUGGCCAUCUUCAGUCACAUCUAGAUUAUUGCUCCACCAUCUGGGAUACCUGUAGUAAAACAUCCUUAAAUUACUUACAGCGUGUGCAAAAAUUGGCUUUUAAAUUAAUUAAUGAUAAACCACUAACGAAAAAUUCAACCGUAUGUACUUAUGAAACCCUAGCUAAAUCACUAAAUAUUUUAACCAUUCAAAAUCGGUUCACCUUCAAUAAAUACAUCUUACUUUUCAAAUUAGUUCAUAAAAAAUGCCCAAACUACUUAACUAAUAUUCUCGUUUUUAAAAAUACACCUUAUACCGACAUUAAUCGUCGAUUUAAUAUUCCUGAACCUAAUAAAUCAAUAUAUAAAAAUAGUUUAAAAUACAUUGGACAUUGUCUCUGGAAUAACCUACCUACCUCAAUUAAAAACACAACUGUACUAUCAGACUUUAAGGCGAAUAUGUCAAAAGAACUUUUUGUCAAUGGAAGUAUGAACUGUAAAGUAACUCAUGUAUUAUAUGUCAUAAAAUGUAGUGGCUGUGCCGAACUGUACAUCGGCUGCACGACCAAGUUACAAAACAGAGUAACGGUUCAUAGACAACAUAUCAGGGAACCAAAUUUAAGGAAGAUGCCUUUAAUUGAGCACCUUCAUAUCUGCGGUAAGGGCGAGUUCAAAAUAUACCCUUUCUUUAAGAUGCCGUAUUCAGAUCCCAUGAAAAUGAGAUUGAAGGAACAAUAUUUUAUUGACAAAUUAAACCCCAAAUUAAACAUUUCAAAAUAAUUACAAUAUUGUGCUAUAUAUUAUAUAUUAUCUACUUCAUUAUUAUUAUAUUAUUGUAUGUUUAUUCUUCCAUGACGUCACGUUAUUGUUAUUGUUAUUGUAUGUCUUGACAAGCUCAGGCGAAACAUGUAGACAAUUAAACAAUAGUAUAUACUUUCUUUAGGCAUUUUUAACCUUUAUUUUAUAUAUAUAUAUUUGAUCUCAUUGUUGUUCUUGUUGUUCUUAUAUUGUUUUGUUAUGUUUCAAGGGCAGAAUUGUAAAAAGGCCUGGCCUACUUUCUUACCCUAAUAAAGAUAUUCUUCUUCUUAUUAUUAUUAUUAUAUCCAUAAGAUCGAAUCGAAUGGAUCAUAUAAUUAUUGGCGAAAGAUUUCCGUCACUGUCUAUAACAUUCCAUUUGGGUAAAUUUUAUGAAUACUCCACAGGCUUUAUAUAAGUCAAUAUUAUUAUUAUAGUUCGAAUAAUUCCAAUAUUUAUAUUCGUUGGAACCUUAAAAUAGAUUUAAAAAAAUGCCUGUAAAAGCACACAUUUACGUAAUAUCCUAAUUAAUUAAUUUAGAUUUACCCAUAUUAGAAUUUUUACUACCAUAUGCAGAUUUUAAAUCUUGCAUUAAUCAUUUUAUUUCUACGCGUUGGCAACAGUCUUUGGAUCUUGCAGGCACAAACAAACUUCACUACAUUAAGCCUCUCUUAGGAGAUGACUGCCUCGUGCACUCUAACAAACCAGUCAGCACCCUAUUCGCUUGACAAACAGUCGUGUCCGUGCUAGUCGGUCACCCAACGAGGAAAUGGUCGGAUGCAAGAUAGAUCGUUCUGUUUUAGUGGCGAAUCCCGAAUAACGUGCUGGCUCGUUAUCCGUUAUUGACGAAUCCCGAAAAACGAGCCAGCACGUUAUUCGGGAUUCGGCAAUAAAACAGGUGAUUGCUGGAGACGACUGCUCCGUACACUCUAACAAACCAACACCUAACGUUCACUUACCCCUACGGUCGGGGGUAGCGAGGAAAUGGACGAUGCAACGUAGGUCGGUCUGUUUUACUGGGAUUCGGAAUUCGGCAAUAAAACAGGUGAUUGCUGAAGAUGACUGACCCGUGCACUCUAACAAACCAAUCAGCGCCAUAUUCGCUUGACAAACAGUCGUCUCCGUGCUAGUCGGUUACCCAAACGAGGAAAAGGUCGGAUGCAAGAUAGAUCGUUCUCUUUUAGUGGCGAAUCCCGAAUAACGUGCUGGCUCGCUAUUUGGCCCCACAGAAGGGGUAAAGUUGUUUUGUAUCACUCUCGCAUUGGUCAUACGUUUGUAACUCACAUUUUUUAUCUUAAAGCGAGAUCCUCAACCGGAAUGUGAACACUUGUCAAAUUCCUUGAGUGCCAACAACUCAAAGAUGCUACCGUUGCCAGUCAUUACAGAAUUUAUUUACCCAACCGGGUCUACAUUUUUGACGCUUGACUCUUUAAAAGACACCAAUUUUGAUAGAAAAUUUUAAUUGUA